AGCCAACAAACAAACAAGCCAUGAAACAAACAAGCCAACAAAUAAACACGUAACCAAACAGAAAACUGCGAGAUGAAAAAACAUUGUUAGGAGGUAAGAAACAAACUGAUAGCUCUUCUCUUUGGGAAACUACAAUCUUUAACGCAACUAUGAAACGGAUUAACAAUUAAACGCAACGCCUCCUAUGAUGUUAAAAUAAAAUGAUACACGAAUGGCAAAAAAGGAAAAAACUGUCCAGCUAGAAACAGAAUGUAGAAAAAAAGAGGUCGUCACGGUGCCAAAACCGAAAACAGCAAUACCCCCUGCUCAAAUUCUAGCUUUCCUGCCUUUUUAAGCCUACUUCAGUGCAGUUUUUGCGUUGCGGCUGCUACAAGUUAAGCCCCUCAGUUAUAUUUUUCGAUUUCAUUUCCUUCACGAAUAUAACUUUCUGAAGGACUAACUUCUUGCCAAUUAACAACGCAUACGUGGGGCUGUUAGCAGAGUCAAUAACCUUAAACACUACCACUACUCAAAAUCAGCUGUCGCCCACGCACAUCUCAUGAACAACUCAUGACCGCAACCGCAAAAGAAUGACAGAAUUGCGGAAUAUAGAUGCGCACAAUGCUGGUUCCGCCAGUGUCACUUUUGACAACAACAGAAAUGGGCCAAAGAAUCAUAGCAUUGCUCAAGGGCCUUGUAUGAGUUUAAUGAUUAGUAAAUUAAAUUAGCAUAUGCCUCUGAGAUAAAUUCCUUUAGAGGUGCAAGGUAUAAAAACUUAAGCAUUUUUUGUUCAGUCUCAUCUAAAUGUUCUUUCGGGUAUUUAACAAAGCCUAUUUGCUCGUCCUUAAAGAGGUGAAUUUUUAUUGAUCGUAUUAAUGAUAGCUUUGGAAACUUAUGACCUUGAUUAUCAGUAAAAAAUCCAGCUGGGUUUUAUAGGGUGGACAUUUUUCCCUAUCACGACCAGUUCAACAUAUCAACUGUCCUUAAACGUUGCCAUAAGUCUCAUUUCUAACAGUGUUUAGAAUUUGUAUGUACAUUAGGAUCAAGUCGAAAUUAAUUUUUCUCUGUUCUUCAGGAGCCAUCUGCAGAUGAACAGUGUUAAGUAUUUUCGAUUGCUCAGUUAAAUAGAAAGAAGGAAAAAAACAAAACAAAACGUCUGCACAAGGACAAAUUUUACGAAGAGAAAAUAUGUGCAGAACUCUUUGUAGACUGCGCUAACCUCGUGGGAUCAGUGACGUACUCUUGAGGUGGGAAGUCACAUAGAAAUGUGCAAAACAAUAACGAGAUUUAUCUAUUCACAUUUAAUGAAGUAAACUCUGUUAGGUAACUUCGACAAAACACGAAAUCAUUUUUCACUAUCGGAAAUUGUCGCGUGAACAAUCAGAUUUGCAGUAGUAAUACAAAAGUCUAUAUCAUCAGUGAGUCGCUGUGUUCCGUCGUCCACGAGGGAAUUCCAAACAAGUUUCUAAAUAUAUUUAUGAAAUCAAUCAACUCCUUGUUACUUGAUGUGAAAAAGCCUUAACCGUGACGACCAGGCAAGCUGUUCGUGGGAAAUUAUUGGACUAUGCCACCUUGUCGCUCCUUUGUAAAUUUUGAGUUAGUAAACAGUUUAUUGCUUUUCUUAGCGUUGCAUGAAGACCAGGUUUUCCGGCGACUGCGUGCAUAAGACAUCUGUCGCUCAAUUUUCGAUAUUGUAGUUGAUCGAUCUGUUGCCUCGACAACGGACAAAGUCAAUUAUGAUAAUAUCUAAGAAAUGUGCUCGAGAUCUCCACCUCUUGAGUAACGAUGUUGAUGGCUUUCGCGGCUGGAGCUCAAGUUUCACGUACAGUUGAACUCGAGAGGUUUCGAGAUCGUGUCUUAUUGUCAACGCAGGAAUACACUUUGCAUGUUGCAUAAUGAUUAUAGAAGUUUUGUGUGACUAUACUUAAGGGAAAGUGAAAUCUGAGUUGGCUCGCAGAUGUGAAGCCAUGUGCUUAAAAACAACAUUUCAUUUGUCAGCAUUCUCUUUCCGUUUUUAUCCAGUAGGUGGUCGCCGCGUUUCUUUUUUUCCAAGCAGAAAAUUAUAUUUUGAGGGAGCUUUAAUUGCCUCUAUUGGCCGGGUCCGCAAAGGGCGUGACAAAUGUGAGCCAAUGAAUAGGCCACAUUCCGAUACAUCUAGCAGAGUCCCUCGGCAACCAAUCAGAGCCUUGAAAUUUCUAACCGGAAAUAAAUAGACGUAACCGCGCACACGUGGUCGGGGCAGCGGACCUUGCAACCUCAGGUUUAUUUUGAAGGUUUGAUCACACUUUUUCAUUCAUUCAAGCUCAGGGUUGUGUACUUGAUCAAAGGGACGAUCCGAUUCUGUCUUUAGCUCAGGUCUCUGCAACAGAAGGCUCACCUCCAUGGAAGAUUGAAGACCGGAUUCUUAGGAUUUGGUGGCAAUCCUUACAGUUGGCCAACGCGAUAAGACGGGAGAGAAUCUUUUGUCAACCCCAGAGGCAUCGCCAUGUCACGCUAAAGUGAACAAAGCACAUCAAAGAAUAUGAAAGCCUGAUCCUCGCAGAUUGCUUCGAAAUUCUGAGCAAUGGCCCAGAAGUAUGAAGAGGUGGCGGAGAUCGGCAACGGUGCAUAUGGUACUGUCUAUAAAGCCCGCGAUCUUCAAAACGAAGGCCGUUUCGUGGCUUUAAAAAGAGUGAGAAUUGUAAACAACGGCGAUGAAGGAAUGCCACUAUCCACCAUUCGUGAAAUAGCUCUUCUCAAGCAGAUCGACAAUUUCGCGCAUGAAAACGUUGUAAGGCUUCUGGAUGUUUUUCAUACAACUUCACCAUCAGGCCAUGAGAAAUACCUUUCCCUUGUGUUUGAGCACAUUGAACAGGAUCUCAGUGCAUAUCUCGACAACUGCCCUCAACCAGGAUUGCCAGAAUGGAAAAUCAAGGACUUGACACAUCAGCUGUUGAAUGGGGUGGAUUUCUUGCACUCUCACCGGAUUGUCCACAGAGAUCUGAAGCCCCAGAAUAUCCUUAUCUCAGGAACUGGUAGAGUAAAGAUUGCAGACUUUGGAUUAGCCAGGAUAUACAGAGAUGCUAUGGCUUUGACGUCAGUGGUUGUAACCCUGUGGUAUCGGGCUCCAGAAGUUCUCCUUCACUCCAGUUAUGCCACAGCUGUGGACAUUUGGAGUGUUGGAUGCAUUAUGGCUGAACUUUAUAACAGAAAACCCCUCUUUGAAGGAAAAUCAGAUGUAGAUCACCUUAACAAAAUAUUUAGUGUGAUAGGAACUCCAUCACAGAAUGACUGGCCAUCAAGUGUUUCUCUUCCACAGUCAUCAUUCCCAAGAUAUGUUCCAUUUUCACUUGCUGAGUUAAUACCAGAGAUGUGCGAGAGUGGAACCAACUUACUCAAGAAAAUACUGGUCUUUGGUCCACAAAAGAGAGUUGGAGCUUUAGAUGCUCUACAACAUGAAUACUUCAGUGAAUUUCAUGAUGGCAACAAGGAAAACACACAAGGUAGUUAUCAAAAUAUGGCCAAAAAAAAGGAAAACAUGCCUGCUCUCUGACAAGUUUUUCAAGUGAGGCUAAAAAAGGUUCUCACAGGAAGAAAUUGCAACCAAGUGACAUGUAACCUUGUGUGUUUUAAAAUGGUCAAGUUUGCCAUACACUGCGUUCCUCAAAAAUAAAUAUGAAAGACAGAAAAUCUAAAUUAACGGGUUAAAGAUUUGUUCUGGUUCAAAAGAAUUAGCUAUUAUUGUUGAAAAGUACAUGUAAUAUAUUUACAAGUUCUAAAUAAAGUAGCCCUAUAAGUGA